CAAAGAGUUGGACACAACUGAGUGACUUGCACUUUCAACUCAAUUUAUGGAACUGGAUACUGAAAAAAUUGUCAAAGGGAACAAUAUUUAAAGGGAAAUUUGACCCACAUGGAGAGGGUCCCCUGCCCCUCCUAAAGUUACUGGGAUUAAAACUAACGCUGUCCCUGAUGCCUGAAGCUGAGAUGCUAACUCAGCUUCUCCUUCCAGAAGUUGUACAGGCAAUUAAUCAGUGAGGUUAGAAUACCCUGAGUCCCCACUGCCUGACUUGGAGUUUUGACAAGCUUUUUACACUUGCUAAUAGCAGUUUACUGAGUGAUUUUUAAGGCACAUAAAUAAUGAACUGACUUUGUAGGUAAGAUUUAAUAAUAUAUCUGCCAAAUAACAGACUUUAUGACCCUGAAUUAAGCAAGUGUGUCCUGGACACGUGACUUUCCCCACAAUGGACCUACUUAGUUCUUACAUGUCAGCAGGUAUCACGGAUGCAAAUGUAUCUUGAGAAGGGGUACUAUUGGGCCAACAAUAAAGUAGUCAUUAGUUUUAUUCAUGUUGCUCUUAUUAUCAAAUGUGAGAAUCCCUAAGAUCCUAGAGGAAUAAAGUUUCGUGUUUUGUUUUGGAUUAGCCCUUGUGUUAUCCAACCUAGUAGAGUAUGUAUAAGAAGAUCCAACAGUGUUCCUGAAAAUAUUUUUCAGAUGCUCUCUGCUUUUCAGUCACAUUGAUAAUAAGCAAAUUUCUCCACAGAGGAGUCUGCGUAAUGUUAUAUAUAACUUAGUGUUUUUUCCACAGAAAAGCUUUUAUGUGGAAGUUAACUAUAAUGGCGGGAUAUGCAAUGUGCAUUCUGUGAUACCUUGAAGCAUUAUGAGUGAGACUCAUUUUUUUCCCUAAAGUGAGUUUUACUAAGUCAAUUGGAAUUUACUGAUGUUAACCUCAGUGGGUUACUUUGCUCUCUCUCUCAAUACUCCUAAUUUACAUGGAGAUCCCUACCUGAACUGUUUCUUCUCUGCCUUGAUUGAAGUUCCAGCUUACAUUGCAGCCUGGCUGCUACUUCGAACCCUACCCAGACGUUAUGUCAUAGCUGGAGUACUGUUCUUUGGAGGAACUGUGCUUCUCUUAAUUCAGUUGGUCCCUGCAGAUUACAACUUCUUGUCCAUUGGUCUGGCCAUGUUGGGAAAAUUUGGGAUCACUGCAGCCUUUGCCAUGCUAUAUGUCUUCACUGCAGAGCUCUACCCAACCCUGGUCAGGAACAUGGCAGUGGGGGUCGCCUCCAUGGCCUCCAGAGUGGGCAGCAUCAUUGCUCCCUACUUUGUUUACCUAGGUGCUUACAACAGAGUUCUGCCCUACAUCCUCAUGGGGAGCCUGACUGUCCUGAUCGGAAUUAUCACUCUUUUUUUCCCCGAAAGUUUUGGAAGGACUCUACCAGAGACCCUAGAGCAGAUGCAGAAAGUGAAAGGGUUCAGAUAUCGGAAAAAAACAAAAGGUUCAAUGGAGAAAGAAGAAAAUCCCAAAGUUAUAAUAACUUCAUUCUAAAAAAAUCCCAUCCUAUUCGGUGAAUUGAAAAACAUCCAUAAGCCUGUGAAGAAACUAAAGCUGUUCCUGAUGAAAAGGACUGACUAGGAGGAAAAACACUAAAGUGGACCUUGCUAUUAAGAAAUGCUUGCCAUAUGGCAAACUCUGGACCAGACUUGCAGAUAAGCUCCUUAUUUUUAAAAACAAACCAUUUCUAGAGACUUUUCCUAAUUAAUUCAACGAAUUGGGUUCGUUGGAUUUUUAGAAAACAUGUUGGUCAAGGACUGGAAAAUCCAUAUAUAAAGAUUAAACUCAUUUCCAAAUA